AUGUGUGAGAUUUUGAUGAUGGGUAUUAGACAUCUCUUUAGUUUUGUCGAUUUUCUCGAGUUUAAGCAACCAGAUGGAAGCUGGAUUCGUUUAUCAAAGGACAUCAAGGAGUUGGUUGUUGAGAAGGGAUCGAUGAUCAUUUGCAACGGUGACUCUUUGUUGACUACCCAUAUCGAUGAGAAAGAAGGCAGAGGUACCAACAGUGCCUUCGAUCGUGUCAUCAAGGCAUUCGACGAGCGUGUCGAUGCAUUGGCACCCUAUUUUUCAGAGAUUAAAUUCAUUAUCAGUGGACAACCAACUCCAACCAAAAUGAUUGGUCGUUUGAAUAACAAACAAGAGGAGGAGGCAAAUGCUACCACCUCUGAGGAGAAGAAGGAAGAGUCCAGCGCUGGAAACACUACACCUCCAGUCGCUCAACAACAACAGCAAACUUCAGGACAUCAAACUAAUCAUGGAUCGGAAAAGGCGAAAUUCAUGCUUGGAAAAGUCGAUACUAUUCACACCUAUCGUUUCCGUUGCAUUGAGCCAUUCUUGAUCAAGAGAGCAGCAGAGAGAAGCGAUGUUAAGGUACACUUUGAACAAUCGGCAGUCGAAGCCGACGAGGAAAUCAUUUUCCAAUCUCAACAAUUGAAAGGAUCGGUCAAGUAUGUAUUUGGAGAUGUCGACUUCCUCUUCCACUACGACACAGCUGACAACGUUGAGCAUCCAGAGGAUACUGUCGUCGUCUAUUACAUCAAGAGACUCAAUCGUUACAAAUGGUUCAAGCGUUCCGAUCUCUUAAAGUUGUUCAUGGGUGAGAAUUUCAAGGCUGUCAGCGCACCUUUGGUCGCCGCACAAAUGAUGAGCGAAUUCACACCGGAAUAUCAUCUUCCAAAGCAGGCAGACAGCGAAACCAAGUGUCAAACAUGUGGAAGCGAUGCUGCCGGAUACACUGAGUUCAAGCGUGGCACUUCACACGAGUUCCGUGCAAAGGAUCACAGCUUUUUGAUCUGUCCAAAUAAAUAUGUCGAGUUGGCCAAUAAGCAAUUGGACGAGUUGAACGACCACCAGAAGAAGGCAUUCCACUUCUUCUCAUUGUCAAACUACCAUGAGCGUAUGGCAAUGUUGGCAGCAGGACAACGUGAAGCCAUCGCCAAAUUCUCGCUUCCCGACACCAAGUUCUCGCCAACUCCAGAGAAUGAGUUUGUCACCAAAGAGUUGCUCGACAGUCUCGUUGCCGAGAAAAUCACUCUCAGACAGGCAGCAUUGAAGUGCACAAUCGCCGAAGAGCGAUUCCAAGAUUUCGCAGAGAUCGGUGCAACCAUCAUCGAUCCACGUUUCGAAAAGCGUAGAAAGGCACUCAAGAAGGAUUUCGAUUUUAUCACAUGCUAUCGUUAUCAUCUCUACAAUAUCUGGACACACUUGAACGAACUUGGAAACACCAAGGUCAACAUUGCACGUGAGGAUCUUCUCAAUUUCAUUUUCAGUGACUCUAGAAACACCAUUCCAUCCACUGCCACUCAAAGCAACAACAAGAAGGAUGACAAGAAAUCAAAUGCAAAGGCAGCCAACGCUCAAUCUAAAUUCAAAUUCUUAUCAAUGGAAGAUGAAGAUGAUGAUUAA